AUGUCGAUCUAUCAGGAUGUCAUUGGGCAGUUACCAAUUUUGAAGACAUACAGUCAUGGAACACUUGUUUUUGCGAUUGACGAAGCCGCCCAGCGAGCAGACGUUGUCGUAGCCUUACAGGUAGCUAUCGAAAAGCUUAUUGAAAAAUUUCCGUGGCUUGCCGGCGCUGUUAUCAAUAAAGGCAGCGGGCCUGGAAAUUCUGGCACCUUCGAACUGAUUCCUUGGCCGACAAGCGCGUCUUCGAUCAAUCGGGUCUUGUGUAUCAGAGACCGCACAGAUGCCAUUCCGUCAUUUGAAGAACUGAUGGUCAAAAAGGCCCCGUGCUCCAAAAUCGACGGGAAGCUUGUGACCUCACAUCCAGGAUUCCCGCAAAGCUAUGAAGACUCUCCUGACAACCCAGCACCAGUACUUGCCAUACAGGCCAGCUUCAUCAAGGGUGGGCUCCUUUUGCAUUUCUCGACUCAACAUAAUGCGAUAGAUGCAAGUGGUAUGAUGCAGGUCAUCCAGUUGUUCUCGGUCGCGAUGCAGGGAGUUGAGUUUAGCUCUUCUGCUAUCAAGGAGGGCAAUCGAGACCGAUCCAGAGUGAUACCGCUAAUCGCAUCCGGGGAGCCAAUUAAGGAUCACAGCCACCUACGACGCCCAUUGGACCUUUCCCCACCGAAGCUUCCCGCGUCAACCAAAUGGGCCUAUUUUCUGAUGGAUGGGUCGGUAGUUCCUAUAAUUAAGGCUGCGGCGUCGCAAGGUGAAGGCUAUGACCCAUCUGUACCCUUCAUUUCUAGCAAUGACGCCAUGACUGCCUUCUACUGGAAGUGCAUCGCCAAGGUUCGAGCAUGUAAUGGCCGAUCUUCAAAUGCUGUCUCCAACUUGCUCCGGGCCAUUGAUGCCCGUAAAGCAAUGGGUGUCUCGCAUGAGUAUAUGGGUCACAUGGUUUAUCAUGCUGCAACCAAAAUGACAUUGAGGGAACUUGACGAAACGCCCAUUUCGGCCAUUGCAUGCAAAUUGCGCACGGAUCUCAACGAUGUCAACAAUAAAUUCUCGGUUCGGAGCUACGCGACCUACAUUGCUAACACGCCUGAUAAGUCCCUUGUUAUGUAUGGAGGGUCGUACAAUCCGGACAUGGAUAUUGGUGCCUCUGCUGUAGCAAAUGCUGAUUUCUUCCAUUCAUUUGGCCUGAUCGGCGCACCCAAAUUCGCAAGGCGACCAAAUCUGGCCCCAAUCCCUGGAUGUGUCUACUUUAUGCCCUCUGAAGGCCAGCAUGUGCCGGUUCUGGUUUGCUUGACAGAUGAUGACAUGGAAGGGCUGAAGAAACAUCCCGAAUGGAGCAAAUACACUGAAUUUGUUGGGUAG